AUUCCUAACACCUUCAGCCGCUCUCUCUCCUUCCAUCACAGCUUUGUCGCCCUUCCAUCACUGGUCUAGCCCUUCCAUCACCGAUCAUCACGUCUCUCUCCUUCCAUCACAGCUCUCUCGCCCUUCCAUCACCGAUCAUCACGUCUAUCGCCCUUCCAUCACUGGUCUCGCCCUUCCUUCCAUCACCGAUCAUCACGUCUCUCUCCCAUCACAGCAUUCCAAAACUGGUGGCUUGGUUUAGAGAGACAAAGUCAUUGCUACUGCACACACAGAGAGAGAAAGAGUCAUCGUUGGGGGUUUCCAAAACCUCGUCUACACUAACAGAUCGGACGAAAAAAAAUUUAGCUUUGUUUGUGCAGAGUCGACAGACGAGACUCUCUUCGCGAAAGCCCUAGCUCCUUACCCCCGAGCACUGGACAUCGUGAAAGCCUUGGAUAGCUCAUUGCCUCCUCCUUACAACUUUCUGAAGUCUAAACAAGGAAGGAUAAAUAAUAAGCUGACAAUGAAACGAACGGUUAAUGACGUGGAAAAAGUGAGUGAACAAAAUACUGAAGCUUCAACUUCAAAAUCAUCCCAACCACCGUCGAAGAAGAGACGGGACCCGACACGAUGCAAGAAUGUCGUAAACGCGACAACCUUAUUACCAUUAAGGGUUAAUAAGUUUGGACAGCCGAUCGGCCCUGGAAGUGGUACAUAUACUAAUUAUUUGGGAACACUUGCCCGGAAAGCUAAUUUAGCUCCUUUGUGCUACAAAACUUGGUGGGAGAUGCCUAAAUAGCUGAAGGAGGAUAUGUGGAACGUUGUAAAGGAAAAGUAUGAUGUGGGAAUCAUGUCAAAACAUUGGACAAUAUCCUCCAUCGGAAAAAAAUGGAGGGGGUACAAGUGUGAAUUAAAAAGUGAAUAUUACUCGAUUAAGGAUACAGAUGCAAAAAGAUUGGCAAACCCACCACCUGAUGUUGAAAAGGAGCAUUGGGAAUUUUUGGUUAGGCAUUGGGGUACACCUAUGGCGAAGGAGGUCAGUAAAAAAAACGAAGAACGUCGUGGGAAGCAGACAAUGAUGCAUACUACAGGGACAAAAAGCUUUGCACGUGUUUCUGCCGAGAUUGAGGAAGACGAAGGUAUUCAGCUUUCUCGUGCAGAUUUAUUCAUUCGCACACAUGUAAAUAAGGAUGGCAAAGCUACUGAUGCUGCUGCUUCGGAGAUGAUUGAAAACAUAAAAGUACUUCAAAAAAAAGUUACUCUAACUCGCCUAUUGGCAGUUCCAAUGAUUUGUUCUCCAUUGUGAGGGGAGAAGAGAGAACUGGUCGUGUGCGGAUGCUUGGCUUCGGGCCUACACCAAGCGAUGUUUGGCGGCCCUCUCCUAGUAAAGCUGAACUGAUUAAUAAUGCGAAAAAAUCUGAUGAGGAGGCACGUGCUGCACGCGUAGAAUUGCAGGAGACCAUAUCAAAAAUGCAAGCCGACCAUGACAACAAUUUGGAAAAUUUACGAGCCAACUAUGAUGACAAGUUGGAAAAUUUACAACAACAGGUGGCUAUGCUAAUGCAAAUGCAACAACAAAAUUGUAGUGGAUAGGGUUCUGAUUCGUUAAAUGCUCCUCCUAGAGUAUCCCUAAAUUCAUUAUCUAGUCGUGAUGCCAAUUUAGUUAAGGGUAAUUCAAAUCAAAUAGGCAAGAAGACUUGUUGAAGUUGAAGUUGAAGUUGAAGAUGGGGUCGUGGCUAUGUUUGCUGAAUUUCCUUCGCCUUGGAUGGGUUCUUUUUGAAAAACUUGUACUACUUUUGUCAAAAAUUGUUAAUUCUUUUUGUCUGACAUUUAGUAGCUUUAUUUAGACAAUUUGGAUGGUAUAUUAGCAGGUUAACUUGUGGUUGUAUUAGUAUACAUUUUUGCUUUUUGGUUGACA